CUCUUCUUUCGAAAAUGCACUUCGCUAGUCUUCUUUUAACAGUGUGUUGGGCGUGUUCCCUCUUUCCUAAUCCUGGUAAAGGAGAGGUGAUGAGAGGCACAAGUUUUAGUAAAUGUACGGGCUUUUUCUUUAAAAGAAAGGAACCUUCAGGUAUCGUGCCUAACCAUUCAGCAAGAAUUUGCCAGAGCUACAAAAACAGAUAUCAUUUUGCUACAAUGUAUGACCGAGAUCUGCGCAUUCCUCUGUAUUCUGCUUAUGUGUUUGAAAGAAAUGCUGGUGGUUGCAGAAGUGACGAAUGGUUGAUAGAGCCCCAGCUUGUAAAUUUAAGUUAUUCCAGAAACAUGGAAGAAGAGAGGUCAUCAAACAUUGACAAAAACAAGCUUGAAGAAAGUCAAGCUGUUACUGCAGAUUAUGUUCCCACUUCUUCAACGUAUGACAGAGGGCAUCUUAACCCAUGCAGUCAUCAAGAAGAACAGGAUAGCAAGAUUGCUACAUUCUCCCUGACCAACAUUGUGCCACAGUUAAACACUCUGAACCAGGGUAAAUGGAGAGAGUAUGAAGAAGGACUGACAGCAAAAACAGCUGGCUGUAAAAAAGUAUAUGUUGUUGUAGGAGUGAUCCCAGGAAAAUCAAAAAUUAACAACAGAGUGUAUGUGCCAUCUGACAUCUGGAGUGCAGUCUGCUGUGUAAUAAAGAAAAGGACAAAAACUUGGGCAGUGAUAGCUUCAAAUAAUGCAAAUAAAGUUAAUGACAUUAAUGUUACUGAUCUUGAAAAGAAAAUACAAUCUUAUACUGGAAGAGGUGUAAAACUUUUCCCAGCUAUGUGUUAAAUGUACACUGAGAAAUGGGGUCUAUAUUAU